AUGAAUUCAGCUCAGGCAUGGCGUCUUGGCAUGAAAAACAUGCAAAUGUUGCCAGGGCCUCGCCAGCGUGGUCAAUUGAAGAAGCCAACAUGGAUUAUUGUGUUGGUUUCUUUAGUUAGCUUGUUCCUAGUUUGUGUUUAUGUCUAUCCUCCUCAGAAUUUUGCAGCAUGUUACUUGUUGUCGUCUCAUGGCUGUAAGGCAUUACAAGAUUGGCUUCCACCCGUGCCUGCUAGGGAGCUUAGUGAUGAUGAAUUUGCUUCUCAUGUUGUGAUUAGAGAUAUUCUGGCUAUGCAUCCUAAUAUUUCUGCGAGCCCCAAAAUUGCAUUCCUGUUCCUUACACCAGGUGCACUACAAUUUGAGAGGCUCUGGGAUAAAUUUUUACAGGGCCAUGAAGGUAGGUUCUCUGUCUACGUGCAUGCAUCCAAAGAUAAACCUAUACAUUUUAGCUGCCAUUUCAUUAAUCGGAAGAUUCGUAGCAUCAAGGUCGCGUGGGGAAAAUUUUCAAUGGUUGAUGCUGAAAGGCGGCUUUUAGCAAAUGCAUUAAAAGAUCCAGACAACCAGCAUUUUGUACUACUUUCAGACAGCUGCAUACCGCCUCGAGAUUUUGAUUAUGUUUACAACUAUCUCAUGUUCACAAAUGUUAGCUUUGUAGAUUGCUUUGAGGAUCCUGGUCCACAUGGAACUGGCAGAUAA